UUGUGACCAGUUCCUGACAUCAACGGAGUGAUAACGUGGUUGAUCUCCGCCACCUGGCUCUGGGUCAACUAUCAAACAUCUUCCGUCUUAUCAAAUAAUUCUUCUACUCUAGAAUGAUUUGCUGAGGGAGACAUUAAACCAAUUAUUUAUUUAUUCUGAAGCAAAUUAUAGGUAAGGAAAGAGAUAAGAGAGAGUUAUAGAGAGAUAAGAGAGUUAUAGACUGUCCGAGAGAGGAGUUGAAGAUACAGAUUUCUACAGACAGAAGAGAAAUUCUUCUGCAGAUAUAAAGAAAGGAGGCUGAAAGAGAAAUUUCUGUGGAACAGAAGUUACAGAACAGAGAUUUCUGCAUAUAUAUAUAUAUAUAUAUUAUAUGUAGAGAGAGAGAGGAUAAUAAGAGAUUUUGAGAGGAAGAAAAACAGCUAUCAGCAGCGAGAGAGAGAUUUUCGUCAACAUAUAAAAACCAAACCUAGGGUUUCGAAAUUCUGGUUUGUUUACGGCUUUGAUUCUGCGACUGAAAUGACAACGCCAUUAUCUGGGCGAGAUGGAGGAGGAGGAGGCGUAGCUGUAUUGUCUAGCGCUUUAAAUCCCGUCGAUUCAUCAUCAUCUAAAGCAUGUUUCGAUGGUUCUGAGCAAAAAUCUCCAAUCCUUUUCUUUCUGUUUUUCCACAAAGCUAUACGUUCAGAGCUAGAUACGCUUCACCGAUCUGCCAUGGCGUUUGUGAUUGGCCAAAGAGUCGACAUACAGCCAUUGUUUGACCGGUAUCACUUUCUUAGAUCAAUUUACAAGCAUCACUCCAACGCCGAGGAUGAGGUUAUCUUUCCAACUCUUGAUAUACGUGUGAAGAAUGUGGCACAAACGUACUCAUUAGAGCACAUGGGUGAAAGUGAUCUUUUUGAUCAUCUAUUUGAGCUGCUAAAUUCUAACAUGCAUAAUGAUGAAAGCUUCCUGAGAGAGUUAGCAUCUUGUACUGGAGCCCUUCAAACAUCAGUUAGUCAGCACAUGUCGAAGGAAGAGGAGCAGGUUUUUCCAUUGCUCAUUGAGAAAUUCUCAUUUGAAGAGCAGGCAUCAUUGGUUUGGCAGUUUUUGUGCAGCAUUCCUGUGAAUAUGAUGGCUAAGUUCCUCCCCUGGCUUGCAUCUUCUAUUUCACCUGCUGAUUAUCAGGAUAUGCUGAAGUGCUUGCUUAAAAUAGUUCCAAAAGAGAAGCUUCUUCAACAGGUUAUUUCCACCUGGAUGAACGAUAGAAACAGUACUAGUUCUGUUAUAAGUUGUGAAGACAGUCCUCAAAUUUGGUGUUCUACAGAUUCUAAUGCUAGUACAUCAACAUAUGAAACAGAAGAAGUAAAUUGUGCAUGUGAGUCUUUGAAGACCGGGAAAAGGAAAUACUUGGGGUUGAGGAGUGAUGUUACUGAUGCCACCGGGUUGCAUCCAAUAAAUGAAAUAUUGCAUUGGCAUAAUGCAAUUAAAAGAGAGUUGAAUGAUAUAGCGAAGGAGGCAAGGAAGAUACAGCUUUCAGGAGAUUUUUUCAAUUUAUCAGCAUUCAAUGUGAGGCUAGAAUUUAUAGCUGACGUUUGCAUCUUUCACAGUAUCGCAGAGGACAAGGUCAUAUUCCCUGCAGUAGAUGGAGAACUCUCUUUUUUCCAGGAGCAUGCUGAAGAAGAAAGUCAAUUUAAUGAGUUCCGGAGUUUGAUUGAAAGCAUUCAAAGUGCAGGUGUGAAUUCUAGUUCAACUGCUGAAUUUUAUGAAAAAUUAUGCUCGCAUGCUGAUCAAAUAAUGGAGACCACACAGAGACACUUCCACAAUGAGGAAGUUCAGGUUCUUCCACUUGCGAGAAAGCAUUUUAGCUUCAAAAGACAGCGGGAACUCUUGUACCAAAGCCUGUGCGUGAUGCCACUGAAAUUGAUUGAACGUGUCUUGCCAUGGCUGGUAGGAUCAUUAACCGAAGACGAAGCCAGAAAUUUCCUUAAUAAUAUGCAUUUGGCAGCUCCAGCAGCAGAUAAUGCUCUGGUAACUCUUUUUUCUGGUUGGGCUUGCAAAGGACGUACACAGGGUGUGUGUUUGUCUUCUGGAGCAAUUGGUGGUUGUCCUGUCAAAAGGUUCACUGAUAUUGAAGAGGACUUUGUUCGACCAUCUUGUCCAUGUGAACUCUCAGUUCAGACAAAAGAUGAUAAAAGGCCAGUCAAACGAAAUCUCUCUAUGCCAUGCCAAAACAGCCAUGUAUCUGAUUCUUCCGUGACCAUAAAUGCCCAGAAAGUAUCUUGUAAAGAUCAGUCUUGUUGUGUCCCAGGUUUGGGUGUAAGCAGUAAUAAAUUGGGAUUGAGUACUCUCUCCUCUGCAAAGUCUCUGCGGUCCUUGUCUUUUAACACUUCUGCUCCUUCUCUCAACUCCAGUCUUUUCAUUUGGGAAACAGAUAAUAGUUCUUCUGAUAUGGGCUGUGCGGCGCGCCCAAUUGAUACUAUAUUCAAAUUUCAUAAAGCAAUAUGCAAGGACUUAGAAUAUUUAGAUGUUGAAUCUGGAAAGUUAAAUGAUCAUGAUGAAACAUCCCUUCAACAGUUCAUUGGUAGAUUUCGUCUGCUGUGGGGUUUAUAUAAAGCUCACAGUAAUGCUGAGGAUGAAAUAGUUUUUCCGGCAUUGGAGUCCAAAGAGGCACUUCAUAAUGUGAGUCACUCAUACACACUGGACCAUAAGCAGGAGGAAAAAUUAUUUGAAGAUAUUUCAUGUGUUCUUUCUGACCUUUCACGCCUUCAUGAAGUUUUGAAGAGGACUCAUAUGACGGACGAUUUAUUUGGAAGUAACAUUGAACUUUUUUCUGAUCAUAGUUGUGAUGGAAUGACAAAGUACAAUGAGCUAGCUACAAAACUUCAAGGGAUGUGCAGAUCAAUAAGAGUUACCCUGGAUCAGCAUAUCUUCAGGGAAGAACGUGAGCUGUGGCCAUUGUUUGGAAAACAUUUUUCUGUAGAGGAGCAGGACAAAAUUGUUGGCCGUAUAAUUGGGACUACAGGUGCUGAAGUGCUCCAAUCAAUGUUACCUUGGGUAACUUCUGCACUUACUCAGGACGAACAGAAUAAAAUGAUGGACACGUGGAAGCAGGCAACCAAGAACACGCUAUUCAAUGAGUGGCUUGACGAAUUCUGGAAAGGGACUCCUGAGUCAUCUUUACAGACGGAACUAUCAAAAAGUAAAAGUUCUGGAAAAGGUGCUGAUUCUCAAGAAAGCUUGGACCAAAGUGAUCAGAUGUUCAAGCCUGGCUGGAAAGACAUUUUCCGUAUGAAUCAGAAUGAACUUGAAUCAGAGGUCAGAAAGCUCUACAGAGAUUCAACUCUCGACCCAAGAAGAAGAGCAUAUCUUAUUCAGAAUCUUAUGACGAGUCGCUGGAUAGCCGCUCAGCAGAAAACUCAAGCAAUAGAAGGGGUGACUUCGAAUGGUGAAGAUAUACCUGGAUGCUCUCCGUCAUUUAGAGACUCAGAAAAGCAAGUGUUUGGGUGUGAACACUACAAAAGAAAUUGUAAACUCCGUGCUUCUUGCUGCGGCAAAUUGUUUACAUGCAGAUUCUGCCAUGACAAAGUGAGCGAUCAUUCAAUGGAUAGGAAAGCAACUUCAGAGAUGAUGUGUAUGCACUGCUUGAAAAUUCAGGCAGUUGGGCCAGUUUGUACAACACCUUCAUGCAAUGGACUCCCAAUGGCAAAAUACUAUUGUAGUAUUUGCAAAUUUUUUGAUGAUGAAAGGACAGUGUAUCAUUGUCCAUUUUGCAACUUAUGCCGUCUUGGAAAGGGUCUUGGAAUUGAUUAUUUCCAUUGUAUGAAAUGCAAUUGUUGCAUGGGGAUGAAGUUAAAGGACCACAAGUGCCUGGAGAAAAGUUUAGAAACAAACUGCCCUAUCUGCUGUGAUUUCUUAUUCACAUCAAGUGAAGUGGUCAGAGGUCUACCUUGUGGCCAUUACAUGCAUUCAGCUUGCUUUCAGGCAUAUGCUUGCACUCACUACAUCUGUCCAAUAUGUAGCAAGUCCAUGGGAGAUAUGUCGGUCUACUUUGGCAUGCUUGAUGCUUUGUUGGCUGCUGAGGAGCUCCCAGAAGAGUACAGGGACCGUUGCCAGGAUAUACUUUGCAACGACUGUGAGCGGAAAGGCAUGGCAAACUUUCAUUGGUUAUAUCACAAGUGUGGGCUUUGUGGAUCUUACAAUACCAGAGUGAUCAAGAGGGAGAAUGCGGAUUCCAACUGCCCUACAUCAAACUGAUGAAAAGAUGUACAUAUCCACUUGUACAUACUUGUAUAAAAAUUCAUUCAAGUUUUGCAAGUGUUACAUUCCCAUGAGAUAACCAUACCAUAGCGUUGCUCUUCUCCUUUGCUUGUAUCUAUAAUAAAGUUUGUAAAUGAUUACAGUUGUGAUUUUGACUUCUGAAAUUUUGUUUGAGAACA